AUGUCCAUGUUUAGGGCAAAGAAGUUUGAUCUCGGCUGCUUCACUAACAUCAAGGUCAUCCGCGACCACUCGAAGCGCAAGGCCUUUGCCGCCGCCGAGCCCGAGAGACAAGCCCUCCGCUAUAUCAUCCGCAACACAACCCUCCCCGCCCGGACACGCGCCAUCGCCCAGUUGCAGCUGACCCAGAUGCACUGCUACACACGCCCGACCCAGAUCCGGAACCGGUGUAUUCUCGGCGGGAAGGGGAGGGGUAUUCUUAGCGAUUUCAAAAUGUCACGGUACAACUUUCGGUUACAGGCACUUGCGGGCAACUUGCCGGGCGUGAAGAAGGCCAGCUGGUAA